CGCUCCUUCCCUUCGUCGUCACCCCCGUAUCUGUCGAAGAGGCUAACCGACGAGGAUUAGAGACCUGAAGAGAGAGCGGAGACGCGGUCGGGCAAUGGAGGCCUGCGCGGCCAGGAUGUCCUGAGCGGAUUUUCCGGCACUGCUCAGGGCAGCCGCGGAGGAAGCCGGGUCCUGACGCCGGGGAGGAGGGGCCUGUGUCCGAGCUCGCCGUGCUGAUUGGCUGCGGGGCGCUGUGGAGGGGAACCCGGAUGUGACUGGGCGGCCGAGUUGGCAGUGGCGGCCCCGGGGUUGAGCCGUUCGGUGCCGGCGGCGGCUGGGCGGAUGGCGGGGGGCUGGGCCGGCUUCUCCGAGGAGGAGCUGAGGAAGCUAAGGGCGGCUCAAGAUCCAUUUGAACCACAGCGGUGUCUCCCUGUGAAGAAAAGUCGACAACAGCUUCAGCGAGAAAGAGCUCUCCUAGAGCAGAGGCAAAAACUUGGACUUCAAGAUGGAGCAGCCUCGUUACCUCCAGAGCAGCUGCUUUCUGUUCCGAAACAGAGAUUUCACGCUCAGGGAGCACAUUCUUCUCCCUCUCCUCUUUCCAGUCCUCUCACCUCUCCUGAUGGUGAUGAGAAACCAAGGGAGCUGGGGCUGGAGAGUUGCCGUGAUGGUCACAGAAAUCCCGAGAUUCUACCUCCAAAGCCAGAUUGCAAAUCGGAGACAAAGAAAGUGGAAUUGCAAGAGAAGUCUCGUUGGGAAGUCCUCCAGCAAGAACAGCGGCUAAUGGAAGAGAAAAAUAAACGUAAGAAAGCCCUUUUGGCUAAAGCUAUUGCAGAAAGAUCUAAAAGAACUCAGGCAGAGACCAUGAAACUAAAGCGGAUCCAGAAGGAGCUGCAGGCUUUGGAUGACAUGGUGUCAGCCGACAUUGGAAUCCUCAGGAACCGGAUUGAUCAGGCCAGCCUUGACUACUCGUGUGCUCAGAAGCGCUUUGACAGGGCCGAGGCAGAGUACGUUGGCGCCAAGCUAGAUCUGCAGCGCAAGACUGAGAUCAAAGAGCAGCUCACCGAACACCUGUGUACGAUCAUACAGCAGAACGAGCUCCGGAAGGCCAAGAAGCUGGAGGAGUUGAUGCAGCAGCUGGACGUACAAGCCGAGGAGACUCUAGAGCUGGAGGCAGAGGUGGAAAAACUGCUGCGGGAACAAGAAGCAGGGAAGCAAGUGGUUCGUGUGGAGAGGCCACGUCAGCCCGCUGGGGAGAGUGUGGCCUUGGGCUCUGCCAAAGAGAACAGGAAAGCUCAGGCACAGGCUGCUUCCCCACAGGUCGAUGAGCAGCGUGCAGGUUCCAGCGUGCCCCUUGGUGCGCACGGCCCCGGUCGGGAUGUUAAUGGCGUUUCACCUGCUCUGGCCACAUGAAGGCCAGUGUUCUCUCUGGCUGACUGGGUACUCACUCUGCUUCUGCAGGACAUUAGACCCUGAUCUCUGACAAAGGCCUCUUUAGAACAGGGCUAAUUUUUGAAUCCAUAAUUAGUUUUAGUUGGGUAACAUCAUCUAUGUAGGGACAUGUUUCAAUGUGAUUUAAAAAAAUCUCCAGAGGGUAUGUUUGCUCACUGGAGACGGAGAGGGAGAAAGCACCCUCGUGAGGUAAGGUCAUGCCACAAUCUCUUCAUCAGUCAGUCCUGUCAGUCCUGUCAGGACCUGGGACGUUUCAAGCCUCCAGGGCCAAGAUUUGAACUGCGAUCAGCCUUGCGGGAUCUGGCUCCCUUAGCCAUGAGGCUGUGGAGCAGCUCACCUCAAUUGUGAUCUCGUCCCUCAAUGUUCCUUUACACUUUUUACUGGGAAAGUGCGUGACUUUAAAAAUGGAAGAAAGCUACAUGGUUAGAGUGUUUUAGACCAGUAAUGUUUCUGGCAGAAGUGUCGAGAAUAGAGGUUCUAUUUUAUAAUAAAGUAAAAAGACAUAGUUCCUGUGUGGAAAAAAGAGGAAGAGAAAAAACAAAAAUAGGUUGAAUUAUGUAUCUGGGCUCAGUAAAAUUGCAGAAUACAAUGUGGAAAUUGCAAUUUAUGUAAAGAACAGACAAGCUAACACUCCUUUUGUUUUCAGUUGGCCAUUUUAGUUGGUUUUAGUUUACAACCUGAGUUUUGGAUAGUUGACACACAUAUGUACAUACGUAGUAUUUAAUACUGUAUAAUUUGAAUGUUAAAAUACUACCCUUUAGGCAACUAAUUAUUUAAAUUUAGGUAUUUGAAACAUUUCUAAAGUGAGGCUGAAAAUAAUACAGAAAAUCUUACUGCUGCUUUUUUGUUUUUAGGUUUUUGACAUAGGGCACGUGUGCUCACUGGAGAAAGACAGCGAGAGUGAGAAAUCAUCCGCCAGGGGGUAUGAC